AUGAAACCUUUUCCAACGACUUUGGCCUCUGUUGCCCUUGUUGGUGCUGGUGCUGCCGUUGCUGGAGGGAAGGGGACAGUGGGUUUAUGCCAGUCAAUGACCUAUGCUGAUGGCGGAAUCUACUGCCGUGAGACAAACGUCGGCAGCUGUAUAUCCGACCUCGGCGACUUUCCCGCCAAAAAGACCUGGAACCUAGAGAUCCUCUGGACCGACGACGGCAGCAUCCAUCUCAUAAAAGAAACCAACCAAAGAAGCGUCUACACCAAAUUCAAAGACAAGCUUUACAUCGACGCCUCCCCCUCAGCCGUCCGCCCCAUCUCCUUCACCCCGGACAACACCACACUCACCGGAGGCGAGACCUCGUGGGCCUGGUCGGGAGCCUACGGCCUCAUCCUGUGGUCGCCGACGGGGAAUCCCAGUGACGGCUUGGCCGAGGGUGGGCUCGUUACGGGCCAAGGAGUCGAGUGGUUAGAUGUCGCAGGGUAUCCCGGGCUCAAGCAGGCAUAUUGGAAUGUGACCAAAUUUGAGGAGUCGAGGAGGACGGGGGUGAAUAGGGGGGGCUCGUUUGCGAUGUGUUAUGGAGAUUAUCAGUCGGUUAUUGUGGAAGGGGAUAGGCCAUAG